UAUCUGCUGCCACAUCCACCCACGCUGCCACGGCUGCGUCUUUCACAAGCACGGAACCUCGCACAAGCUGACCAGGGCUGACAGCUCGCAAGAAGGGUUCGCCCGUCGGUGCCUACUCCGCUUAGUCGUUCCGGUCUCUUCUUUACCAAUAUGGCUCUAGACCUAUCCGAAUUAGAGGCUGAACUCAACCGGACACGGCGAAAAGUUCAGGACUGGGCAGCAUCCCGAGUGCAGUUAGCAGCGGAGCGCAAGGACCAACACUUCGCGCUGAUGCAAGACCAAACAGACAAGCUAAACAACUUGCAGGGCCUUAAAGCCCAGCUUCAGGUGGCGACGGAGCAAACAAGCAAGCGCCUGAGUGACGAGGAGGCGGAGCUGGCUCGCACGCAGGAGGCCAUGGCCAGCGCCAGCUCCGCGGUGACGACCACCGAGAAGCGGCUGGAGGGGGGCCAGCUGCAGCUGCGACGGCAGCAGGAGGAGUACCGCCAGCGGGCCGCAGAGCUGGAGGCUGGGCAGCGGCAAAAGCAGAAGCAGCUGGAUUCGCUGCGGCGGGCCACUGCGCUGUUCGGAGAGCGCUUCAGCCUCAAGUUCAGGCACGGGCAAGACGAGCUGUGCCUGGUGAUGACGGACGUUGACGCGUUCGACCAGGGCCGCGAGUUCUGCAUCUCUGUGCGCAUCACCGACAACGUCUACAGCGUGACGCGCUGUGAGCCCAUGGUGCCGGGGCUGGACGAGCUGACUGCGGAGGUGAACCGGACCAACGACUUCGCGACGUUUGUGAAGAGCGUGCGCAAGGCGUUCGUGGCGGUGGCCAAGCAGGCGCACGGGUUGUGAGUAGUACUCAACUACGCCAGUGAUAUGAGUUGACAACUUGACACAGGGCAAUGAUGAUACAAGAUGGACGUAAUUUGAAUGGCCCUGUCCUAAGGGUUGCACAGCCCACUUUACCGCUUGACAGGGAGAGCCACCUUUCGUAUCGUAGCGGUACGAGAACGGAUGUGUGCUGGACGGCUGUGGUGUGGCGGAUUGCUUGACAUGACAAGCUUGAACGCGUGAUAGGUACAUGACGUACGACGGGUGUGAUGCUCUGGCUUUGCUUGAGGGAAUGACAUGGAUCAAGUUCGAGGGCAUUAGCACAUUGGAAGAGGCCCGCUCCCAGGUUAGGUUAGGGCGGUGCAUUCCAGGUUAGGUUGAAUUGCCAUGGCGGAUGACACGUUUACUAUCCGUGCACGGUGGCCCUUCGACACGUGACUUGAAACAGGCGACGCCUGCUUUAAGCUUGAAGCAGCGGUCAAGGCUUGCCAUGAAGCAUCGCUGGCGCAAGGAGGUCAACGGAGGUCCCCGAGGGGCCCUGCCGAGGGCCGUGGCCGUGGGUGUUGUGCAUCGGCGUUGCAUGGUGCCAAACGUGCACGGUGUUGCACGCGUGAAUUUGAUGUUCGGAUAAAUAGUUAUUGUUACAAGAACAAUCGCUGUGCUUACGGCAAGGCCCUGAAGCGACGAGACGCAAAGCACAAAAUUGCAAGAC